GUUCGGUUCCAUACAUUUUUUAUAUAUUUUUUGUUUAUAUUUUGCAGAAAUGCAUCGACGUCAAAAAAAUAACGCAGAGGCAAAGAGAAUUCAGACUCUCAAGGGAUUGUUCAAAAAGGUUGUCCGCAUGGUUAGUCUUAAUGAUCCGUUUAAGGAAACCGAUGACGACCCAAGGAUCACCUCCAACGUUACAAGGAAUCUAUCAACACGAGUCCGAGCAAGGCGUAAGUUGGGCUUUCUCUCAACACAGGAAAAAUCGUUGAUUCGCAUACCUCACAUAAUACGUACAAUUCCGGAUAGAAUGAAGUUAUGUACGCUGUUUGCUAGGAUCCCCUGCUUCUCCCGGUUCUCUCCAAAAAUCCGAGCUCGCUUAGUUCCAGUAAUCCGUUUAAUGUCCGUCGAUGCUGGCCGGAAUAUAAUCAGGCAAUCGGAUAAUCCCAUUACCGUAUUUUUCAUAUUAACAGGAGAAGUGCAUAUGAUUCGAGAGGAAAACAAAAGGGAGGACGAGGAUGCACUCAGAGGCAUUCUUGGACCUGGAGAUAUGAUGGGCGACGUGGAGUUAUUGGAGGGAAUCAAACGAAGUUACACAUUCAAAGCAGCAACUUACUGCGAACUGCUGGUCCUCUUCGACUAUGACUUUAAGUCGGUUCUUGGGUCCUACAUGACAAAGACCUGGGACGAGAAGAAGCGGGCCCUCAAGGCGCUGGACUACUUUGAUUUUCUCGAUAAUGAACAGAUCGUGGAAGCCUGCCGAUAUGGUAGGCUUAAGCAAUUCGAGCCAUUGGAUACCAUAUUCGCUGAAGAUAUAGGAUCUAUGACCAAUGUCCACUUUGUGCUAAGUGGAGAAUGUCUGAUACUCCAGUGCCUAAAUAUGAGGGCUACUUUUAAAAAGGGAAAAAAGUUUUAUGAACUUUUGACAACAUCGGAAGGCGAUGUGUCGAGAUUGUUUAAACAUGGAGUCCGAUCAACAUUUUCCAGUCCACCCAAGUCUGAAAACGCCUCGAAAAGAGAUAUUCUGGAAUUGAUAGAAAGUUCGAGUAGCAGUUUUAAGGAAAAUGGUGAUAAUACCAUUAAAAGUCGAAAGAUGCGUAAAAUGCAAUUAAGGGAUAUAGAAAAGUCAUGUGGCUUACGGAAAUCAGAACAGCCGCCAAAAAAGCGUUUUACCUGGCGUCGUUCGACUCGUAAAUCGGAGAUAACUCCGUUUUCUCAUACCACCCAGGAGGUAACCGAAGAAGAUAUUUAUGAAGAUUAUUGGGAACUUUGCCAAGAUGAUGAUGAUGAUGAGAUUGAAAUAAGUUCAUCUGAUUCGGUCAAAUUGAGCACACAGAUCAGAGCUGCACCAGUUUUGAACAGUUAUGUGGGAGGUUUUUACGAUGGUGAUGAUCCUUUCUCAUCCUCACUCUCUAGUUUAAUCUCGGACAGUGAUCAGUCCUACAUACCUACUUUCGAAAGCCGUUUCAUCGAUGUCGGUACCUUAACUUUUGGAGCCAUAUUCGGCUUGGGCGAGAAAAUGGAGCACCGAGUUAUAAUGGCCAGGACCACGGUACAGUGUCUUACACUUCCUAGAUUCUUUCUGCUGGAAAAGAAACAAAAUCCUGGAAAUAUCUGGGAAAGAAGACUCUUAUAUAUGGAGUGCAUGAUUCCAUCUAGAGAAGCCCUGUUCACUCACUUUCUCAAAACUUGUGACUGGAAAAAAUUCAAAAACAAUUUCAUUCGCGAGACUUUGAAAUAUUCCGAAAAUAAUAAUAUCGCACAUGAGGGAGAUAUUCCAAUAAUUUGCAGAAUUGUUGAAUCUUCAGAGGAUGUUAAUUAAUUGUAAAAAAUAAAUUGUUGAUUUUGGGCUAGUUUUUACAGCUUUCAGUAGAGUAAAAUGGAUUUUUCACUCAACUGAAAAAAGGUAAAAGCCAACCCAAAGAUCUUGUAAACUG